GUGCCUCCUUAGUAUUAAACAGAUGGCAGUAGAAAUCCACUCACUUACCGUUACACCAUUGGAAUGGUUGCAUGAAAUUUGAUUCCUGGGCCAGCAGCUAUAAAUUCAGACCCUUUUAAGAAGAAGGCUGAGCCUGAAUGGAGAGCAAAGUCUUGGGUUGGUGGUUGUUGCCUGGGAUCAGUCACUGUGUGCUGAUCUCCUCCAAAUACAAGCCUUAAGUUUUUCAGAUUUGCUCAGAUUUCCAUAAAUCCUGGAGAGGUGUGGUUUUGUUGGCUCAGCAGUCUGUGCGGCCGAGCAUUCCCAAAUCUGGAUUAACCACUAUGUGUUAAGAUGGGGAUGUUUGGGACAUGAGUCUGGACCUGGACUGAAGACCUCAUGUGCUCUUGGAUGCCGACGAGAAUGAUGUCAUCAGCUGAGACAAAGAAAUGUUGUUGUGUAGCUUGGCUUGUCACUUGCCUCAUACCACGGGUUAUUUCGCAAGUUGUUGUCAAAAUUCGAAUCAUGCGCAGUCAGAACAUCAUCAGGAGCACGGUCAAUAUUGACACUCUCAGCACAAAACGGCCUUCUUUUGACUUGACUUUUUGUGUGCAGGUUUGUCUCCGAUGACACUCCGCUGAUCACAAUGACAGUCGUCGAUCAAUGAAGACAAGAGUGAAAAUGCAUGGACAUCUUCUGAAAGUGGUUGCUUUUGGGCUCCUUGUGUAUCCAAGAGACGACCCUGCGAUUGAAGAGGAGGAGAACAUCAUCUUUCAAAAGUAUAAUGAGCCCAUAUUCGAGGAGGUGGAGACCCGGGACCCAAGACUCGUGAGUGAGGAAACUAGCAUGCAAGUCUCACUACAAGAUGUACCUGGCACAAGUGAAGACAAAUGUAUGUCCGACGUUGACGUACAUUGUCAGCCUGCAGAAUCAGACCAGCGUUUUAGGAGAAAAAUCAUCUCCAAAGCAGAAAAAACACCUCAGUCCCACACCGCAGAAGAGGAAGGUUCAACGAUGGCCGUCGCCGACCGGGAAAGGGAUUAUCUCUGGUGCAUAUGGAAUAUAUUCUCGUUCAUUUCGGUGAUCCGCUUCAUCGGGAAAUAUCUUCGGAAUGAAUCUGCUAAUGCUAAGAUCUUCUGCGCCGCUGAAGUGCCACUUCCCGACAGUUUCACGCUGCGAGAACUCAACAGGAAAUGUCUUCAGGUUUCAUCCCGAAAGAAAUGCAGGGAGGAGGAAUUCUUGGAAGGUUUAAUGGAGGACCUGCUGGAAUCCAUGAGGGCUACCAGUGUUGGAAAUGGCGGUAUGGUCAUUGGGGACUUUCAGAUGAUAGAUGGACGGAAUUUUAUUAUCCCAGCUCAUCCUUACACUUUUGAGUAUCUGCUCUGCAACAAGCAGGCAACUGACCUGCUGCCAGACCUGCACAUCCGGGGUCGGAUAAAACUGGUGGAAAAUAAAUUCCAAAGUGACUUCCCCUGCCGUUCUCCCGAUGCAAAUGACAUGGUUUGCUUAUUGCAUGGUGAGAUUGAGGAAGCCAAGACAAAAGCCAAAUAUUGUGCAAAAAACAGCCCGUUUUUAUCAAAGUCACGGCUGAGGAGAUGGAUCCAGAGCACCGUGAGGGAUGCUUGGUCAAGGAUUUCUCAUAAAUACAGAUUUGAACUAAUCACCUGCUACAGCAAUGCAACCGGUACCCUUGAAGUUCGAUUUCAAUCAGGAAAGAAGAUUCGAUUCAAUAUAAGACCUGUUUUUAAACUCGACACGGAUUCCUACUUCUACAGCAGCCCAUCUUCUAGCACCCUGGAUGAAAUCUGGACAUUGUCACUGAACAUCUAUGAGGAUCGACUCUUAGUACGCAUGUCUAAACAGCUCCCUGAAAACUCAUGCCACAUUCAGACUUUAGAAAUCGUUUAUUUCCUUCACAGCAGACAGGCGGCGCUGUCGGGAAGCGGCGCUUUAACGGCUUGGCAUUGCAAAAUUGCACUAAUGCAUGUGCUUUUUGUCAUCGAGCCAUCACGGUGGAGACCACAGUUUGUGGCCUACAGGCUGCGUGACUUACUGGUCUUCAUAGCGAGAAGCCUGCGGGAAAAGCUUCUUUACCAUAUUCUUAUUGGAAACACUUUGGCUCAAAAGACCCUCACGCUCCCUGAGGAGUUGACGCGUGCUAAACCGGUAAACCUCUUCCAUCCCCUUGUGGUGCACGAGUGCAUCUACAGGAAUACGCUUACUUUUUUCCAGGAGAUGCUAAGAAACGCAAACGUUCAAAUACUUGAUUAUGUAGGCAACUUUCAUGCAAAUACAAUUUCUUCCAGAUGAAGAAUUUGUCAACAUUUGCAUUUGAAAAUAAAGGACAUUUUUCAGAAAAUAAACGGAAAAAAUUGGGAGGAAAAUUAAACUUUUAUUAUUUUAUUAUUUUAUUAUUUUUAUAUAUUAUUAUUAUAAAGUACAAAUCACUGAAUACAGGGCGGAAACAACUGACUCCCCUGGCUACUGUCAGUCAAAAUCAAUGACCACUCCUCCACCAUGGACCCUCGAUGUAUUUCAGUAUUUAAGUUCAAGUUUAGGGGCGGCACGGCGGUCGAGUGGUUAGUGCGCAGAGCUGGGAGAUCAGGGUUCAAUUCCACCCUCGGCCAUUUUUUCUCCGGUACUCCGGUUUCCUCCCACAUUCCAAAAACAUGCUAGGUUAAUUGGCCACUCCAAAUUGUCCAUAGGUAUGAAUGUGAGUGUGAAUGGUUGUUUGUCUAUAUGUGCCCUGUGAUUGGCUGGCGACCAGUCCAGGGUGUACCCCGCCUCUCGCCCGAAGACAGCUAGGAUAGGCUCCAGCACCCCCCGCGACCCUCGUGAGGAAAAGCGGUAGAAAAUGAAUGAAUGAAUGAAUGAAAGUUCAAGUUUAGGGGCGGCACGGCGGGGGAGUGGUUAAUGCGCAGAGCUAGGAGACCAGGGUUCAAUUCCACCCUCGGCCAUCUCUGUGUGGAGUUUGCAUGUUGCAUGUUCUCAUGGGUUUUCUCCGGUACUCCGGUUUCCUCCCACAUUCCAAAAACAUGCUAGGUUAAUUGGCCACGGGUAUGAAUGUGAGUGUGAAUGGUUGUUUGGUCUAUAUGUGAUUGGCAUGAAUGAAGUUCAAGUUUAUUCAAUUUAAAUGGGGAGUUCAGCUUCCCCUGUAGCCAAUGAGCAACGGCCACUGAUUGACAGCUAUGACUACCAAUUAAACGCUGCACACCACGGAUGACAUGGAGUCACUUUAUUUAUAAAAGCACACAGACCUUCAAUAGCUUGUCUCCCAGUGACUUAGGAAGUCUCGAUGCCCAGCUAAAUCCUCUGAGCCGGAGGUUCCCCAAAUGGAGGAUCCGGGCUGUAGCUCAAACUCCGGGUUUGCGGCCUCCCCUCCGAAGUUGACCCUCCACGAGGGGCUUGAGACCACAUUCUCAGAAGCUGUUGGACAGAUCAUUUUAAUGAAGUUACUUGCUGUUACAUGUAAAAUGGCUUUUGAAGUGUUGGUUAUUGCUUGCAUAAAAUCCAAAUAUUAGAUGGAGGCCAAGUGUACCUUUUGUUUGUGGCAAGCAGGAGGAUUCACAGCAGGCACACACAGCAUCACUGCCAUAUAACUCCUUCCACCUGAAGCGAAGACAACAAUUACUCACUGAUCAAAAGCGGUGAUGCAAUAGUGUAUUUACUUUUUAGACGCUUGAUCAUAAUUGCACGCCUUUGAACUCUGGGUUGGUGUAGGAUCGCCCAUCGAUAACUCACAGUGCAGGUAGAGUUGCUGAAACUUUAAAAAAAAAAAAAUGGCCAGUGCAGCAAAUAUGCUAUUUGUUUACAGUUUGGAGGCAUGUGUGUUCAACUGAGUGUUACCGGUGAUGAAGUAUCAACCAUGUCCUUGAAAAUGAAGGCGCUCACACAGAACCUUUGGACAUUUUUGAGGCCCUUAAGAAACAUCGAGUGUCGUGUCAUCAUGCCGUCGUACAUACACCUGCAAUGAAAGAACGAUAGAACUGUGAGGUUGAAAUGCGACAUCAAGCUCGAAAAAAAAAUGAGUUGAACAAUUUACCCUUGGUUGUCGAUGACCGUGUAUUUAGGUUCUGAAGUCGGAUCUUGGGAAACCGUCAUGAAACACUUGUUGAUGUAAAGCCUCUGGUGUGUUGCCGUGUUGCCAGAUAGCUUUACCUCAAAGUACAUUGGCUGUCCCAGGAUAAACGAUUUGUCACCAACAAUUUCAUUCCCAGAUGCUGAAAAGACAAAAUACUUGCCAAAAACCCAAAAUUAUUCAAAAUUCCACUUUUUAAGGUGCGACGGUGAUCGGUCUUUUGCUGUACUGUAAUGACCAUAUACAAGAUUAGCCACAGCAAGAUAAAGUACAUGUGUGUGAAUGAGACGGACCCAAGUGGAAGAGUGAGGUUACAGGGAGAAUUUUAACUACCUGGGGUCAACAGUCCAGAACAAUAGAAAUUGUGAAAAGGAGGUGAAGAAGCAUGUGCAGGAAGGAUGGAACGGGUGGAGAAAAGUGUCAGAGAAAGAGAAGAGUUUCAGCUAAAAUGAAAGGAAAGGUAUACAAAACUAUGGUGAG